GAAAAGGGGCGGGGCCCGAGGGGUGGGACCUCGGGUGGCCGGAGGUGGCGGGGCUCCUGGGUCCUAAGCUGCCGCAGCCGGACUCUGCUGCGGGAUGGCGUCCCCGCGGGAAUUGACCCAGAACCCCCUGAAGAAGAUCUGGAUGCCCUAUAGCAACGGCCGGCCCGCUCUGCACGCAUGCCAGCGCGGUGUUUGCAUGACCAACUGCCCGACACUCAUUGUCAUGGUGGGCCUGCCUGCCAGGGGCAAGACCUACAUUUCUAAGAAGCUGACCCGAUACCUGAACUGGAUUGGCGUACCCACUCGGGAGUUCAACGUCGGCCAGUAUCGCCGGGACAUGGUCAAGACCUACAAAUCUUUUGAGUUUUUCCUCCCAGACAAUGAAGAGGGCCUGAAAAUCAGGAAGCAGUGUGCCCUGGCAGCGCUGUGUGAUGUCCGGAGGUUCCUUAGCGAGGAGGGAGGCCACGUGGCGGUUUUUGAUGCAACCAAUACUACUCGAGAGCGGAGAGCGACCAUCUUUAAUUUUGGGGAACAGAAUGGCUAUAAGACCUUCUUUGUUGAGUCCAUUUGCGUGGAUCCUGAGGUCAUAGCUGCCAACAUUGUGCAAGUGAAGCUGGGCAGCCCUGACUACGUGAACCGCGACAGUGAUGAGGCCACUGAGGAUUUCAUGAGACGGAUCGAGUGCUAUGAGAACUCGUAUGAGUCUCUGGAUGAGGACCUGGACAGGGAUCUGUCAUAUAUCAAAAUCAUGGACGUGGGGCAGAGCUAUGUGGUGAACCGAGUAGCCGACCACAUCCAGAGCCGGAUCGUGUAUUACCUCAUGAACAUCCAUGUGACGCCCCGGUCCAUCUACCUCUGCCGGCAUGGGGAGAGUGAGCUCAACCUCAAGGGCCGGAUUGGUGGGGACCCAGGACUGUCCCCGCGGGGCCGGGAGUUUGCCAAGCGCCUGGCUCAGUUCAUCAGUGACCAGAACAUCAAGGAUCUGAAGGUCUGGACGAGCCAGAUGAAGAGGACGAUCCAGACGGCAGAGGCGCUGGGUGUGCCCUAUGAGCAGUGGAAGGUCCUCAAUGAAAUCGAUGCGGGUGUCUGUGAGGAAAUGACCUACGAGGAAAUUCAGGAUCAUUAUCCACUGGAGUUUGCCCUGCGGGACCAGGACAAGUACCGGUAUCGCUACCCCAAAGGGGAGUCCUAUGAGGACCUGGUGCAGCGACUGGAGCCUGUCAUCAUGGAGCUGGAGAGACAGGAGAAUGUGCUGGUCAUCUGCCACCAGGCUGUGAUGCGUUGCCUCCUGGCCUACUUCCUCGACAAGGCGGCAGAGCAGCUGCCCUACCUCAAGUGUCCACUGCACACAGUCCUGAAGCUCACGCCUGUGGCCUAUGGUUGUAAGGUGGAAUCCAUAUUCCUCAACGUGGCAGCCAUGAACACGCACCGGAACAGGCCACAGAAUGUGGACAUCUCUCGGCCUCCAGAGGAAGCCCUUGUCACAGUUCCCGCUCACCAGUGACCACAUCUCAUCCACUGUGAGGCCUGGACGUGUAUAGAUCUCUGUGGAUGAGGUCAUUCCAGCCCCCCACCAGAGCAUACGACAGUGACCUUACAGGAAUACUCAAAGCUGUGUAUGGUUGGCAGCACCCUGAACCCCUGGCGAAGGCCAUUUGGAUCCUCGAUGAUAGGGACAGGGUUGACUUGGCUGCUGACUUGCUUUUAAUAAUCCCCAGGCCAGAUAGUGCUGCAUGGGAGGGCAGGAGUGCCAGCCACGAACUGCUGUGCUGCCUCUCUCAGGUGGUCACUUUCCGGAGGCCAGCUGGCUUUUGGAGCAUAUAGCCCUGAAUGUGAAAGGGAAAAGUCUCCCUGAGAGGUCCCCACUGGAGCCCGCUGCCUGCAGUGGACCCUGCGAGCCUCUCCUCUCCUCUCUGGGGCUCCAUGCUGAGCCAGUGGCCAGGUCUUUAUGGGACCCUGAACCUCUGCUGCUGUAGGUGACAGGGAGAGUCCUCCUUGAGCUUCCUUGCCAGGAACCAAGGAGUGGCAGCCACUGGCUAGGCCCUGAGACUGUGCCACUCCAGCGUGUUCUGAGGUGGAAGAAGCACAUGUGGGGGUGAGGAGUGAGGGCGGCACUGUGUCCCCCCUUCUUGACUGUGCAUGCACUGGAUUGGGAGGAUCCCGUUCCCAAAUGAGAGGCUCACAGUGGAGCCGCACAGACAGGGCAGCUGUACACAGGCAGGCAACCAGGCAGCCUCUGCUGUGGCUGCCUUGUCUACAGAAAUGGCCCAGGAAUGUACACUGGGUCCAGAGAUGUGCAUUCACUGGAAUGCUGCUGAAACCCCAUGGUGGUCCCAGAAAACCUGUGCCUGUGUUUGUUGGCCUCUCCCUGUGGGACUGUGGAAAGGGUAGAGCUCAGAGAGGACCCCUGACUAAGGGAGGAUUUCUCUAGCUCUGGUAACAGCUUGGGUUGUACAUGUGUGAGCCAGGUGAAAAUGGCCUUACAAAGCCUGGUAUCUGUGCUGCCCCUGAGUGCUUUCAGGUCCAGGCAGUUGGUUCUGGUUCCAGUUCAAAGCUGGACACCAGACCAGCCAGUAUGUUGUGGACUGGGGCCAGAGAAUACCUAGACUAGAAGUUGAGGCCCAGCUGUCCACAGGUGGCUUUCAUGGAGUUGGGCCUCUGGUUCAAUCUCACUUGGUACCAGAACCUUCCUAGGCCUGUUCCCAGCAGAGCAGCCAGAGCUUUGCAGGCUGCCACCUGUCCCCAAGGAAAAUCAGGACACCCGUCCCCAGCCACUGCCCUCUCGUUUCCACUCACUACCUAGGACAGGGCUGGGGUGGGAUCUUCCUCCUGGAGUCACCUGUCUGAGCUCCGAGCCCCACCCAGGAUCACAGGCCACACAUCUGGCUUUGGGACAUGGGGCUGUAGCCUUUGAUUGUCUCUCUCAGGGCUUGAUGACUUCAGUCACCUGGAUAUACUCACUUGUUAGCCAUAGUCCCUUUGCUGAACGGUUGCUCACAUGCAUCUGGAUGUCCCCUAGGACAAGUCCCAGAGGACUUUUUUCUCUGUGUACAGAGUGAGGGCAGGAGUUACUGGACAGGAUGUUCCCUGGGGGUGGGAGACAGAGCAGAGGGGAUUCUGGGCCAGGCAUACACAGAUGCAGCCUCUCCCCACCUGGGCCCUGGAGCAGCCUCUGGGUGGCAGUCACAUGCCCAGGUGGCUGCCAGGUUUUAGCUGGGAUGGUUGAUGUGCCCAAGGUGCAGAGGUCCUGAUUUCCCAGAAGUGAGUAGCAUUGGUUCUCAGACACAAA